GAACAGCUUGCUGAGCUCGAGGCAGCGUUCAGCAAGAGCCACUACCCUGACAUCUACUGCAGGGAGGAGCUUGCUAGGAAGACCAAGCUCAACGAGGCUAGGAUACAGGUUUGGUUUCAAAACCGACGAGCGAAGUACAGGAAGCAGGAGAAACAGCUGCAGAAGGCACUGGCGGGGACGCCCUCUGUGCUGCCCACCUGCAACGGCGCGAUGAUGCGUAACAUGUACCCUGGACCCGUGUCCCGGGGGUACCAAGCCUACCCUGCCUCCAAUUCUAUCUCGGGCUUCAACACUAUGAACCGAUACCCACAGAUGUCUACCGGCGGUUACCCUGGGAUGGCUCAGCCGUUUUCUAUGACACAUCCUACGACCAAUAUGGCAGCUAUGAGGCAAGAUACAAUGACUGGGGGUGCGGGGGAGGAGGACUGGUACAGGAAGGGGCUAGCCUCGCCCUGCUUCUCGGCGCUGCCGACCAGUCCCGGAGACGACGACUGGUACAGGAAGUCGCUGACUGCUCUCUCGAUGAAUCAUUCCUCGGUGCAGCACCAUCCAAACUUAGCAGCACCCAUGCUGCAGUAUCAGACUUAGAUGCUGCUGCUGCAGCUGCUGCCUCGUCCCAUCAUCAUCAUCUUCGGUCAUUACAACAUUCCACUUCGCACUACCCUGCUUAUUAUUCUAGUUAUUAUCAUUAUUACUAUGGAUAUCCAACAACAGACAUGCUUCAACAUCAGCAAGAGGCGACGCCUCCCGCUGAGCAGAAUAUGAGUUCGUUGGACCACUCGUCGGUUGCAGGGUCACCGUUUCAUCCAACUCAAGCCUACAACCUUCCAUCCAACUUAAACCUUGAUUACGACUUGUCCACCGUGACAGUAGGAGGCAAUGGAACUGGCGGCAGCAACAGCAGCAGCAGUAUUGGAAGUGGUGUUACCGUAUCAUCUUCAUUAAGGGACUUGAAUCAACAUCAAAUUACAGAUGCUCACCAGCAACACUCUCAACAACAGUCCCUGCUAACAAGCAGCUCGCACCAACAAGACUCUGAGCUCAGCUACUCGUCUGUCCUGCCGUCCUUGUUGCCAGGCUCUUCGUCGUACGGCAUGACGCCUCUGCCUGACUACACUGCUGCUGUUGCUGGUCUUCGUCAGGCUCAGGACGCUGGCAUCCAUAACGGCUCGCCAGGAAGCCUGUCAUCGCCCAACGUUUUAUCUGAGAACAACAAUGCGUCGUCGGCCACGGCCGUUGUGGCCUCAGAUGCUGUGAACGGUGGCGGUUCCGGCAACAACUUGAUCGGCGAGUAGUGGCAGAGAUCGGGUCGGGGUUUGUCUUCAGCUCUAGCUAUGAUGUACCGAGUCUUGUCACCGAUAUCUACACCAUGAAGAAUGGUAUCUCAAAAUUAAUCGCGGGCAAUAGUAAAUUUCUCAAACGCGGAGAAAAUACAUUGAAAAAUAGCGCACUGAGCCAAAGAUUAAUGAGCCAAAAAUUAAUCUAAAAAAAUUCCGGCAAUUUGAAAUCGUGACAGGAGCGAUGAUGCGAGUAGCAAAACCUGUCAUGAAAAUGAAUACAAACAAUACAAUUAUUUUAUCAGUCUAACAUAGUGAAUGGUUUUCAAUAUACAGUUUUUAUGCCUCCCGCAGUGCGUGAGAAGUCCACAAUUGGAAUAUUUCUGCUGUAAGGAAAUACAUUGUUUCCUGUAAAUUAUAUGUUAGGCUUGAGAAAGAGUAACAAGAGAGAGCAGACGAUGUGAAUCUCCUCAAUUAAAUUUCAGUCUCGUGAUAAUCAUGGAGAUCGUGAAUGGACGCUAUGUUUAGUCUAUAUUGAAUAUUUUUCAUCCUUUAAACAGCACGCAAUAUUGAGGUGGCAUCUCUUCAGUAUCUCUUCUCGUCGCUCUUUAUAAGAGUUACGAAUCAUCAUGUGUAAAUAUCAACACAAACUUUCGUAUUCUUGUUUCUUAACUUUAAUCAACCGAUGAAGAAAUGUUGUCUAGGCUGUAUAAUUUCCUAUACUAUGAGUUUUAUUCUGAAUGCCUCAUAUUUGGAUAUUCUAGUCCUUCUACUGGUAAUCUUAAGGCCCUUUAUAAGAGUAUGACUUGAAUCCUACAAGUGUACAUACGCUCCUAGAGAUAAUUACGUGUUUACUGUAGGAUUGACUACUGUAAGAUUCCUGUGAUGGAAUCCUUGACGGAUAAAUUCAUGAAUCGGACAUUAUUCAGCAUAGCAUCGGUAGUAACACAUCUUUUCUCUCUGCAUUCAAGGAUCUAUAAGUUACUAUCAUCAUCAAAUUUAUCGAUAAUAUCUAUUCAUGAAUUUCAGAACUUUAUUAUUGACAGUGAUCGACUAUCAUAAAAUGCUCGUGACAAGUCAGUUUAAUAAAAAUAAAUAAAUGGUGACCGCUAUUCAGGUUAAGACUAAAAAUCGUUUUCCGAAACUCAAUUUACUGAAGUGACCAAUCUUUUUAUGAUCUAUUUUAUCUGCGUCUUCAUUCCUUUCAUACCUAAAAUUUUAGAACUGUUCGAUAAAUAGAAAAUAAUUUCCAAAUAAUCAACUCCAUCACUUCACUUGCCCCUCUUAUUUAAUUCAUAGAAACGCGGACAUUUCUAUAUACUUUUGAAGCCAUUCGUUGUAAAUGAAGUAUAAAUUAAAUAUAUAAUAAUGCGCAAGUAUAGAAAAUUUUAAUUACUGUCUGUACAAAAGUAAAUUGUGUAAUUUCCUUGUUAGUUAUAUCAGAAGAGUGAUCAGAAGCUCACAUUUGCAGGGGAAACCAAGAGCAUCUUUGUAAAGUAUGUGCAAUAAAUACGGAACUCGGAAA